AUGCGAGCAACUUGGGAGCCAUGGGCGUUAUAUGCAUUUUUAACAAUGGGUGGUUUUGGAGCAGCUUCAGGAAUGAUAAAUUGGCUUCAGCAUAAACGAGAAUAUGAUGGAGCAGUGACAAAUACUGUUGGAAUAGCACUCGGAAUCGCGCUAUCAAUUGUCGCACUUGUACCAAUCGAUAUCUAUCUUGUGUCAAGUACCUCCAAUAUUGCUAUUGGCGCAAAACAUGCAUGGGCAACGUCUAUUGCAGUUUUGGAAAUUACUUCCACUAUAAAAAUUCUAUACUACAUACUAUUUGGAAUGCUUGCCUUGAUUUGCUUUGGGGUUCUGCCAUUCAUGUAUUUUUAUUCGGACGACAAGAAUAAUCUGGACGAUUUGUAUUCCACGCCUCUCCAUAAAGCUUUUGCAUUGUCCGCCGUACCAGCUGGUAUUCUUGUAGUGCUGAUGCUUAUCGGUGCAUAUAUGCGACUUCCGCCAAUUCUUCCUACAAACACGCCUUGGUUCAAUAGCCUACUGGUUCAAAAUGGGUAUGAAACUGGGAUUUCCUUUAUUAUUGGAAUCAUAUCAUUUGUUGGACUGAUUGUUAUGGUAACCCAUGUGGCAUAUGGACUAAGCCAUGCGGGAUUAUUCUUGAUUCAUCAAAAGCGUAAAGAAUUGGACGAUAUUGAUGUGAUUGGAAGUCUGAACAAUGUUCGUUCAUGUAUUGACGCACUACAUCAAAAAUAUCCUGGAUCCAAUGCUGAACGAAGAAUGAAGGCUCAGGAUCGUCGUAAACUGCAAUCACUUCAAAGUGAACAGCGAUAUUUAGAAAACAGACUAACCACGAGAAUCCCGGCUGUUGACACAGACAAUGAUUCUUUGAAAACUAUUCAACAAUCUGCCGAGGCAAGUUGCGACAUUUUUAAUUUUGCUGUUGGCGGGGUUUUGCUGCUUGCCAUGGCAAUCGUGUUUGUUAUUUCCAUCAUGGCGACACUAAUUGAUCAUGCACUGAGAUCAUGUGGUGCACAAUGUAGUUUUCUUGUCACUACAUUUGGAACAGUUACUAUUUUGGACGCGAUGCUCUAUGCUGGAUUAAACAUGUUUUCAAUUGAUGUAGUCCUAGUACUGGUACUGGCAUACUAUAUGAUUGGAUGCAUUUUUUAUAUGAUGAAACAAUACGGUGUUGGGGUGGUUGGGUUUUCUUUGUAUUCUUUGGCUCCUGGAUCUACACUACCCCAAGCACUAGUGUUAUUUACAAGUGCUGCAAUUGUGUCAGUUCCAGCUUGGAUAUACUUGAUGAUCAUAGCUGCACCUCAAUACAUGGCAUUUGGCGCACAAACAGUUUGCAAUGUGAUGGACUCUACUGGAAAACGCAACUGCACUCUUACUCCAGCUCAGUUGUACUCGUGUCAAUUUACAAGUCCUGUUGAUGUAUGUACCCCGUCGAUAAUAUCUACACUUGUCAGUAGAUAUCUGUACACACUCCCGUUAUUUGGAACAGGAUUUUACUCUGUGUCAUGGAUAUUCUGUAUUGUGGUAUGCAUUGGAGUCGUGAUGACUGUAUGGUCUCCACAAAAGAAACCAUUGGACCAAGAACAUGCUCACCUCAUUACAAAUGCAUCCACAGUAUCUCGUCGAUGA